CCUCAAAUUACCGGCAAAUUCAGUGAAAAAGUGAACAAAAUAAAACAAAUAAAUUCUCAAACUACAAAAAAAAAUUCCAUCGUGCACCCAAAAAAAAAGUCCACAAAAAAGAUAUUAAAAGAUUUAAAAAAAAGUUCAAAAAUAAAAAAAAGACCCCAAAAAAAAUUAAGAAAAAUUAAUCACAGCGACAAGCGACAACAACAAAAACAGCAGAAAAUUAUCCAAAAAUAAAAAUUAUAAAAAAUAAAGUCUCAUAAAAAUCAUAAUAAGAGCGAUCGAGAGAAGAAAUACAAAAAAAAACUUUUUGGAUCAUCACAAAAAUAGACAGCCUCAACUCGUGUCGUCGUCCACGCAAUCAGAGAAAAAUAUUUUCCCUUUUGAAAAAAAGCAGUGUGGAAAAAAAAUUGAAAAAAAUUUGUCGUAACAAAAUAAUUAUAGUUGACCAGCAGCAGCAACGGCCAGAAGCACCAACAUCAUAAAUAAAUUUAUUAAAAAAAAAAAAAUCAUGGUUUUGUGAUUCGUUAUUUCACGUUCGUCCGACCGACUAGAAAAGGAGAUCGGAAUCGGACCCACAAAAAAAGCUUAAAUGUUUCUUAUUUGAUUGACUAUGGAGAGUGUGGAUGUAAAGGACACAGAAACAAAUAUUAAUAAUAAUAAUAAUAACAAUACGGACGGUAAAUCAAUAAUCGAUACGAUAAAUAACAAUAUCAAUUGUCUCAUUGAGCGGCUGCAAAGUGAAAGUGAAAUUGGUAAAAUUGUUGAAUGUGAUGAGAGCUCAUUGCCAUCGCCGAAGGCAAUGUUAGAAACCAUCAUGCCUUGUGAGAAAUUAUGCAAUAAUUUUCGGCACAUUGCUGAUGAUUUAAGUUCGGAAAGUGAUGUGAUAAAGACACAAAUUAAGAGUGAACCUAAUAAUGAACCGAAAGUAGUCAAUAGUUUUGAUGAUGAAUUUAAUCAUGAACAAUAUCCAUUGAAUUUGAAGGCAUUGAGAUUUAACAUGAGUACGGGACAGCAGAAGGAUAAUUUGAAUUCAGACAAAAUGGACCAGUUCAAAGAGUCAGACGAGUACGGUCCAUGUGAUAGUCCAAAGGCAAAGAAAAUUUUCAUAAAUAUGCUCGAUCAGAUGCAUUCGCCAUCGACAACAACAAAGCAACACAAAAUGAAGUCCUCGGAGGGUAAAGCAAUGAAUAUAUCAUCGCCAUCAUCAUACAAUAGCAGUUCGCCGUCUUCAACUUCAUCAUUAUCGUCGACGUCUAAUGUACAGCAUCAGAAAAAUGCAAUAAGCGGACAGGCUCUUAAUGGAUCUAUGCAAGAAAUGCUCAACCUUCCGAAUUUCAGUCACCUCCAACAAAUGCCACAACUAAGCACAGGAUUAACUCAAUUACAGCACAGAUCUACCCCUUUAGGAUUAAGUGGAAUGAAUCCCGGAUCACCGCUUAUGAGUGGAGGUGUACUUUUAGGGUUAGGUCUACCACAAUCACCCCAGCUACCGCAAUUGAUUCUGACUAGUGGACAACUGGUUCAAGGAAUUCAAGGAGCACAAGUUCUAGUACCAACGCCGCAAGGCAUAACAUCACAAACAAUUCUCACAAUUCCCGUCUCACAGCAACUUCCGACUAGCUUAACAAUCGAUCAAUUACUUCAAGCUCUUUCAAAUGUCUCACAUAAGCAGCAACAAGUUGAACAAACUACAAACACAAAUCACGUACUGUCCAACGUUCCAAAUUUAUCGCCAAAUCCAAUUCUACUCAAUUCUCACUUACUAGCGAGCGGUGCUCAACAAUUACUCUCAAUUCAGCCACAAUUGAUGGCAUUUCAGCAACAGCAACAACAACAACAACAACAAGCACAGCAUCACAAUGAGUUCUACAGAAAGUCACAGUCGCACAUACAAGAAGGACCAGAAUCGCCGUCGAUGCAUUCGAGAAAGGAUCAAAUGAGCAUGAAUCAGUUUAAGAUGAGAAAUCGGGAGAUGAGUAAGCGAUUAUCAAGGAUGUCAAGGCCGCUAAAUGGACAUGGUGACUUGAUGACUCAUCAUUCUAGUGGAAGUGCAGGUGGAUCAACAUCACCGAAUGUUGGGGUGACUAGAGUUCCAACAACAAACGGUGAAACCCGUGCAAGUCCAUCCAAACCAAUAACAACAGAAACAUCGUCGCACCACUCACCAUCACACACAAAGACCUUCCAACCACCACCAUCAAUAUCACCAACACCACCGCAACAACAAAAGUUAGAGUUUCGAGCCAUGCGUGAGCUUCUAGCUGACGAUCGACGUGGUGAGUUUCCAAUGGAUCACAGUCAUUCUCAAUCGGCUGAGGAAACUUCAAAGAAGAACAGUGGACAUCACAGCAGUGAGAGAAGUGGCGAGAAAAGUAAUCGAGGUUCGCCGUAUGCUGGAAGUAGUCAGCAACAGGAUAAUCAGCCUAUUCAGAUUCCAUCGUCACCUGUCAAUUUAUCGAAUGAUUCUAAUUCUGGGGAUGAACAUUUUGGAGAUGGAGCACAAAACGAUUCAUCGUCAGCAGCACAACGUGAAAGUCUGCCGGAUGGAAUCGAUCUAGAUGAAAUCAAUGAAUUCGCCCAAGCAUUUAAGCUUCAGCGAUUGUCACUUGGCCUAACACAAACGCAAGUUGGACAAGCAUUGUCAGUUACAGAAGGGCCAGCUUACAGUCAGAGUGCCAUUUGCAGUGCCCUUGCCGCACGAAUGUAUGCCGCUGUUCAACUAUCAUCACAACAACAACAAAUGUUCGAGAAACUCGAUAUUACACCGAAAAGUGCCCAAAAAAUCAAGCCUGUUCUUGAGCAGUGGAUGAAAGAAGCUAAAGGAAGCAGGUUCAAAAUGGGUGAGAAUCCGCUCACUGAAUUUAUGGGCGUUGAGACAUCCAAAAAGCGAAAACGAAGAACGUCCUUCACGCCGCAUGCACUUGAGAUUUUGAAUUCAAGUUUCGAGAGGAACACACAUCCGUCAGGAACGGAUAUAACAUCGCUAGCACAAGCUCUUGGCUACGAGCGAGAAGUAAUUCGAAUAUGGUUCUGCAACAAGCGUCAAGCACUCAAAAAUACAGUCAGAAUGAUGUCCAAGGGGAUGCCAAAUUAAACAUUGUUUUUAUCGAUAAGUUCAAUUUAGUUUUUAAGUGAACAUUUAAAAAAUAUAUUUUUAUAUAAUUUUGAACAAAAUGCUUUCAGUGCUAUGCGCAAAAAAGAUAAGAAAUUUGUAGAUUUCAUUCCACUAAGAAUUUUCAUGGAAAAUAGUUUUUUAAUGUGA